AUGCGGCACAGCUGUUUCCUGCUCCAGCUGAUGAGUGAUGAUGCUAUAAAACUGUCAGACAAACGCCACCCCAGUGCCAGUUUGUUCUGUAUUGGUUACGCAGUGGACAGAAGAGCUCUGCGUUCUUCCUCCUGCCUCCGCCGCCAUUCAGUCUUCCGAAAGUCACCUGCUGGGAGACAAAAAGCUGCACCAUCUGAGACAGAGGAGGAGAGAAAGGUGGAGGUGGUUUGUAGUCAACAUCAAGAAGAGCCCAGAUUGUUCUGUGAGGACGAGCAGAGAGCUGUGUGUCCUGUCUGUGAGUUUUCUCUCCACCACAGUCACAAGGUGGUUCCUGUAGAACAAGCAGUCAGUGAGCUGAAGGAGCAGCUGGAAUCUGACUUAAAGUCUCUACAGGACAAGAGGGACAAAUACAAACAAGUGGAGAAAACAUACAGUGAAAUGAUUCAACACUCCAAGAAGCAGCUGUUGUCCACAGAGAAGCAGAUCAGAGCAGAGUUCAACAAGCUCCACCAGCUCCUGAAAGAGGAAGAGGAGUCCAGACUGGCAGCUCUGAGGGAGGAAGAGGAGCAGAAGAGGAAGACGAUGAGCAAAGAGAUGAAGAAGAUUGAAGAGCAGAUCUCCUCUCUGUCAGACAGUAUCUGUGCUGUUGAAGAAGAGCUGCAGAAACACAAGGUGCCGUUCCUCAGCAGUUAUAAAGCCACUCAGAGCAGAGCCAGAGCCCAGUGCUCACUGUCAGAUCCACAGCUGGUCUCAGGAGCUGCAAACCCCUGGCUCCAUCUGUCUGAUGAUCUGACCAGUGUGAGACAUGAAGACACAUGUCAGCAGCUCCCUGACAACCCAGAGAGAAACACUUACUAUGGCUCUGUUCUGGGCUCUGAGGGUUUCAGCUCAGGGAAACACAGCUGGGAGGUGGAGGUGGGAGACCAUCCUCACUGGAAUGUGGGUUUGGCUAAAGAGUCAGUUGACAGGAAGGGAGAGUAUCCCGCUUCACCAAAAUAUGGAAUCUGGUGUUUAUGGCAUGGUGAUGGAAAAUACAUUGAUGUUGUUGAUCAGACUGUCAGAGUGAAGCAG